AUGUCUACUGCUGCCCAUACAGAGGAAACAGCUCUUGCAACAACAACAGCUCUAGUACCCACAAUUGAUGAGGUAAAGUUUCAUAUAAGAAUCAUCGAUUGGUCCUUGGAUUAUUAUAAUGAACUUGGAGAAGAUAGACUCAGCACUCCUAUAAUAUUACAAGACAUCAAUGGUCCAUGUCCUUUGAUUGCUCUUAUCAAUACUCUUCUGAUCACUUAUGAACUUAAGUUGAAAGAUAUCGCCAUCAAUUCCUUACAAAGUCAUGGUGAGAAAGAUGAUGAGAAAUUGGUGGCAUUGAAAGAAUUCAAAUCAUUAUUGACGAAACAAGAAGCUAAAAGUGGAUUCAUUGAAUUGAAGACUUUAUUAAGUCAAUUGGGAGAUCUUAUUUUAGUGUAUAACAAUGAAAAACAUAUCGAUGAUCAAGAUGGAAUCGAUAAGAUUUUAUCAAAUUUACCUAUUUUACAUACUGGAUUAUCGGUUAAUCCUAAUUUAAUCAAUGGAGAUUUCGUUCAACAUGAUUUAGCAUCACGAUUAUUUGAAUUAUUUGACCUCAAAUUCAAACAUGGAUGGAUUAUAAAUCAAAUUGAAAGUGAAAAUGAAGAGAAUUGGAAUGUAAGUCAUGCUCAUAUUGAACCUCCAGACGGUUCUUCGGAAGAAUUGGAGGUACCACCCAUUGAAGAUAAUUAUGCUAAAUUAAUCACACUAUUCAAUGAAUUACAAUCAUUUGAUGAGAUUCAAGAUUAUUUAUUGAUUGAUGAAGAUGAAGGUAUUGAAAAAUUACAAAAUCAAAGAUUAAUUAAUAAAUGGUUAGAUUUGAAUAAAACUCAAUUAACUCCAAUUGGAUUAACUCGAUUAAAUCAAGAAAUUGUUCCUGAAGAAGCCAUCAUAUUCUUCAGAAAUAAUCAUUUCAAUACGUUAUUCAAAAAAGGUGAUAAAGAUAUGUAUUUAUUAAUCACUGAUACUUCAUUCAAUAAUAAAUCGAAUAAAAUCGUUUGGCAAUCAUUUAAUUCUGUUAGUGGUAAAGAUGAUUUAUUCUUUAGUGGAGAUUUCUUACCUAUACUUGAAUUGGAUGCUAAUAUCAAUGAUGAAGGGUAUAAUGAUAAUGAUUAUUUGUUAUUGAAACAAUUACAAGAGGAAGAAGAUGAACAAUUGGCAAAACAAAUGCAACAAGUAUAUACUAGAAAAGUAAGUGAUUCGAACCAAAGCAAGAACAAAAAUAGUAAGGAUAAAAAGAGUAAAGAUAAAAAAUCAAAGCCAAAAAAGGUUGAACAGGAGUUACUUAUUCAACCUUCUACCUCAAAUCAAGGUGCUACACCUAAUCAAGCUCCAUCAAGUUCAACUAAAAGCAAUCCCAUUAAAGCUGGAAAGGCAGACAAUAAAAAAUCAGGUUGUAUAAUUGUAUAA